AUGCUGGGAGCUCAACUGUCCCGGGAUUCCGCGUCGCCACAAUUGACUGAGACUGUGACUGACUGUGGAUCUGAGCCGAAAAUUAUCCCUCCACUCCACUCGCCUUUCAAGCUCCCCGAGCCCCCAGACAACAUCCUCCCCGCAAACACCAGCAACAGGGCAGCAGGUCUGAGCUGGGACGCCAUUGUGGUCGAUAUAAAGGGCCCAUCGUCCCAGCAUCUUGCCCCGGAUUCACCCCAACAUUUACAAAGAACCAUCAGCUCAAUCAGUAUCGCAGCAGCCACCAUGUCGACUCGCAACAGCAUAUCGGCGGCCAUCCCCAUCCCGGCGAGUAGUGUCGACGCGAAGCACUGGUGGAGGCACAAGAACCUCUUUACCCUCAACAUGUUGAUGGUGUUCCCUUUGCUAUCUCUAUUCACUCAGGGGUAA